AUGCCCAACUUGGAACUUAUCCUAACAGCAGAAUUUCAUAUAGAUAAAGGUCCAUCUUUGGUGUACCAAUAUCCUCAUGAAAUCCCCGGUUUGCAAAAUUUAUAUUUCCUUCCUGAAUUGAUGUUGCCUGAUCAAAUACACAAACGCAGUGAGGAUUAUACCCUUUUCCUACUAUAUCGAAACAUGAUCACUGGUGACUUCCAAUACUUGUACAAUAAAAACACUUGUGAACCAGAUCCGUAUUUCUUGUACACUAUAGUGUUGAAUUUACACAAUGAUGAAUAUAAACGAGGAUCUCAAGUCAAGAGUUUAUCCAUAAUUACCAAAAUCCCCUAUUUCAAGAAUUUCAAACCGGUAUUGAUGAUUUGCUUAGACUCGUAUUUUAAUAAUAAUAAUUUUGACGUUGUUAAGGAGCUUUAUCGCAGCUUGAAUGAAAAAGAUUUCAGUAUGAGUCAUGAUCCAUCCGAUAUUGGAGGCAGCAGCACUGACUUGAGUAUUGUGAAAAAGAUUUUGAUUUCGAGUGUAUUGGAUCUACCCAUUAAUGACAAGAUUUAUUACGAUGAAAGCUUUAGAAAUAAGGUGCUUGGUAUUGGAAAAAAUAGAAUACCCAAUGAUACAUUGUUUAUUCGAAAAGAUUUGAGUUUUAAUUCGAUUGUCAACUUCAACAAGAUGAAUAUCCCCAUCAAAGUGCCACUAUUGAACUUGCCUGAUACAAUUGGGGACUAUUUAAACCCUACCGAUUUGAAUUUUAAACCAAACUUGAUCAAUAUUUUAAACUCGAAGUUAUCAGGGGACCUAUUGAAUAGUGAAAUGACCGUUUAUGGACUACAAACACCACCGAUAAUCAUUUUGAUUAAUGCUGUGUUGACUGGGAAAAAGAUAUUGGUACUCAGUUAUGAUAAUAGUUCUGGUUAUAUCAUUGAUCAUAUACUCUUGAUUUUGAAAAUUGUGACUGGAGGCGGCAUCUUGAGUGGGAUUUUAACCAACUAUAACGUGUUUCCUAUAAUUGAUGUGUCCAAGAUUGAUUUACUUGAACAAUGUGAUAGUUUUAUUGCUGGUACGAUAAACCCAUUUUUCAAGCACAAUGAUAAACUCUGGGAUCUCAUGUAUGAUUUAGAUGCCAAUGAGUUAAUUAUCAGUUCUAAUAUUGCUGAUUCCUCAGCCACUGAAGUUACUUCUGAAUACAAGAAUUCCAUCAUUUCCGAAGAUGCAAGAUUCUUGUCAAGCUUACAAUUGUCAAUUUUCAACUAUAAUGAUGACUUGACGACAAUUCAAUUGAUCUUUCGUCGUCAUAUCAAUGAGAUUGUUCGAAUUUUGCUCAGUUCCAAAAACUUCAAUAGCGAUUUAUUCCCCAGCAAUAAAGAUUUGAUCCUUUUGCUUGAUGGAAUUGGUUAUUUUUGGUCAAGUGAUACGACAAAAUUGUUGGAAAUGUCUUGUUAUCAAUUGAUUUCGAAAAAAUUCCAAGAUUUAUUAUACAUGGGUAAAUUCACUUAUAAUCUUCUUUUACCAAACUUGUCCAAUGAGUUAAAUUUAAUGAUUGAUUUACAUUAUCAUUUGCAAAGCUUGAGCAACAUUUCAGUGGUUAAUACCAAUUCUAAAAUCAAUGAACGUGAAGUUUGGUUCAACAUUUUGAAAUUUUUGAUUUCGGGGAAAUCAUUGGAAAUUUUCCUUUUGACUACAUAUUUGAUUCCACCAAGUAGCUCAACUAGUUUACAAAGCUCCUCGGCUCAUGGUGGAAGCUUGACGAUAUUUGAUAAAAACAAAGGAAUUGAAUUACUUUUGAUCAACCUUUUCAAUUACGAUGAUCAAAUUAAAUCAAAUGUUAUCAUGAUUUUACAAGAAUUGCAAGAUAAUUUCUUGUGUGGUUGGUGUCUUGACUUAUUUUUGAAAAGUAACACAGUUUAUGAGAUUGCGUUUAACGACUUGAUUAAUGAAUGA